CCGAACGAGCUGGGCGGCCGGGGCAGGGCGGGGGCUGAGUCACGGCGGCGGACGGCUCUAGCGGCGGGAUGAGGCGGGCGGCGACGGGCGAUCCCCGGCCUCAGUGAGGCUGCCGAGGCCUUCCUCCCGGUCCCCCCUCCUUCUCUUCGGCCCGCCGGCACCAUGAUGGAGGAGAUCGACCGCUUCCAGGUGCCCGCCGUGCGCGCCGAGAUGCAACCGUUGGAUCCAGCAGCAGCCUCCAUCUCGGACAGAGACUGUGAUACGAGAGAGGGUGAGACUGUAGCCAUGAACUACAAACCAUCUCCUCUGCAAGUCAAACUAGAGAAACAGCGAGAGCUGGCUCGGAAGGGGUCCCUGAAAAAUGGCACCAUGGGGAGCCCGGUUAACCAGCAACCCAAGAAGACUAACGUCAUGGCUCGAACAAGGCUGGUUGUUCCUAAUAAAGGCUACUCCUCGUUAGAUCAAAGUCCUGAUGAAAAGCCAUUGGUGGCUCUGGACACGGACAGUGAUGAUGACUUUGACAUGUCCAGAUAUUCCUCCUCGGGAUAUUCUUCAGCUGAGCAGAUCAACCAGGACUUGAAUAUCCAACUUCUCAAGGACGGAUACCGGUUGGACGAGAUCCCGGACGACGAGGACCUUGACCUGAUUCCGCCCAAGUCCGUCAACCCCACUUGCAUGUGCUGUCAAGCCACCUCUUCCACUGCCUGUCACAUCCAGUAACGGGGGACGCCUGGCCAAGCCGAGGGCGACCGGCGCGGCGCGUUCCAUUAUAACUGUAAAACUUAACAGCCAUUGCUUCCUCCUAUGGUAGGACGUGCACCUCUUUGUGUUCAUAGAGUCAGGAGAAACCAAAAAAAAAAAAAAUUAAUAAUAAUAUUAACCAUUUUGAGAUCCUCUUCUCUCUCUUUUCUUUUUUUUUUUGUUUGUUUGUAUGAGUUAAAACUGCAGUAAGUGAGAGGUGAGAUAACACUGUACAGGAAAAAUCCAUUUAUCUCUUUGGAAUUCAGGGCUGGUUUCAAGAUUCAUGCAUAGAGUUCCAAAGACAGGUGGACGGAUUGGCUGAGGAUGUUGUAGGGCAGGCCUAUCCAACCUCGGCAACUUUAAGACUUGUGGACUUCAACUCCCAGAAUUCCCCAGCCAGCAUGCGCUGGCUGGGGAAUUCUGGGAGUUGAAGUCCACAAGUCUUAAAGUUGCCGAGGUUGGAGACCUCUGCUGUAGCUCUACUUGACCAAUUUUGUUCCAGGUGCAGGAGAAGGAAAACAGUCUUUGAUCAGAAAUUAAGGGGACUUUAUUUUGGGGGCAGGGGAAGCUGAAUAAGAGGGAGAGGAGGAGAGCAAGAACGAAAUACCAGAUUUUUUUUUUAUUUUAUUUUUUGCUAAAGAGGAAUUGGCCAGGAGGAAUUCAUACCAAACAUGGAUUACAGGGAACUAGUAACAGUGUAACACCAAACAGUGGUGGCCACUGAAACAUGAAAAAAAAAAUGGAAUAUAGAACCAGGGCUCCCCUCACUCCAUAGUCUUACCUACUCACUAAACACAAACCCUAACAUAAGUCUACCAACUCCGAGAAGCAGCAUUGCUCACAAUGUAAAUCUUGAUUUCUUCAAGACGAGAAGAUCUGCAUUGGGCUGUUUUUCUCCUGCAUUUGCAAAGCAAGAGGUCCUUUAGCUUCUGAGGAUCAGGGGUCAAGCUGCUGCCCUAAGCAGAUCUUGGCUUGUAGUGCCCACUGGGGUGGGGUGGGGGGUCCUUGGUGCGCUCUGAUUGUGGUUGUUUUCUUGCAGACGUUUCAUGACCCAGCUAGGUAACGUCAUCAGUAUUAGUGAUGUUAUCUAAUUUGGGUAAUGAAACAUCUGCAAGAAAACCACCAAGCUCAGAGAGCACCAAAGACCCUUUAUUUCAACCCUGAGCAAUCAAUAUUCUCCUAUAUCAGUGCCCGCUGGGUUCAAAAACAGGAUUGUGGCUACUUACAGAGGCUCCUGAUGAGUCCAGAAGGCGACACCCUUUUGUCCCAAGAUCCAGCUGGCCAGACCCAGCACCUGCCUCCAUUCUGGACCUGGGUCAGUGACAAUUCCCCACGGCCAACUCACCACAGUCAACUUGCCGCGGGGCGAGAGUUAUACUGUUAAAAAGAAAUGGUGGCAUAGAGUCAUUAAAGGAAGGAACAUGACCAUGAAACGUGAACGAUAACAAUUAAAAUAUUUUUUUAAUUCAUUUUAAAUCAUUCAAUGGAAUUGCUAAAUUGUCCUGCGGUGAGUUGGCUGCGGCAGUUCCAUCUGGAGCCAGAACAGUUGGGCUUGCCUAAAGACUUCUUGGCCUAAAUCCUCUCCUGUUACUGGAUGCCAACUAGCAUGCUCAUGUCCUUGACAGAUUGGUGCCCUGUUCGGCCAUCGCCAUUGCUUGUAAAUAGGCUGCUUUUGCAGCGUUUGUAUAAAAACUACCGGCCACCUGUAGUAAAGGAGAGAGAAAAAAAAAUAACAAUAACCAAAACUGAUGAUUAUUCUGCUUUGCUAAACUCAGACUGUGCCAAGCUUUGCAACCUAACAGAGAAAAUAUUUGAGUAUAUCUAGAGACAAAACCAAUAUGGCGGAGUCACUGUCCCUAUCCAAGCCUGCUCAUCUUCGGGGACUUCUCUGCUCCAAACUGGGUUUUAGGAUUUGUCCCCUGGCUCACCAACUCUCCCCUCCUGAGCACAAAUUCGGACUGCUAUCUUCUCCUGAUAGAGUAUUUAUGUACGUGGGUACUACAUAUAUUCCCAUCCUGGUUAGCAGUUCCACCCGUUGUCCGUGGAUUAAAGUGAUCCUGGGUUUUGGGAAGCAGAGUUUCUUUCAUGGUCCUCUUGGAGAAGAGGGAGCUGCAAGAGAAAAUGAGAUUAUUUUGGAAACGUGAUACAGGAGAUGGCAGGUUUCUUCUGUUGAGUUGAUCUUUUGAGUUAAGGACCAGCAAAAACUUCAUGGGAUGACUAGAACCAUGGCAAAGGCUGACACCCUCCCCCCAAAAAAUGACCUUAUUAGUGAUUAAUGUAGGCCAGAGAAGUUUCCCUUUAAUAAUAAAAAAAGACAUCCUUAAUCCCUUUGAAAAGCUUCUACCUAGAGAUUAACUCAUCUGUAUUUGAUUUUCACACAUGGUUCCUUCAAACGGAUAACAGUGAUUUUUUUUUAUUUUAUUUUUUAAAAAGAAUCUUUGCACUGCUUAACGUGAUUAUGACCUCCUACCUUUGUGUUUCUAGCCAAACGCUUUGUCAUAUAUUUUUUUUCUCCACUAGGAUUUGGGGGAUUGCAAAAGGACUGUGCUUUGAAUUUGACCUUUGUUCGUAUUUGGGCCCCCGAGAGAUCAGAUGGGUAAAUAUUACGGGCCCGCUCAGCCCCUUCUUUUGACCCGGAUGUGCGUUGUGUCAAAACUCUGAUGAAAAGAUAAAUUUUCCUCUUUCGGUCUUCACAAAAGUUCUUGGAGAGAAAGCUCUUUUAGCAAGGUCAGUAUGGUAGUACCGUAAAUGCCGGCGUACAAGGCGACCCGGCGUAUAAGACGACCCCCGUCUUUAUAGCCGGGCCGCAUUUCUAGAACGUCGUCUUAUACGCCGGAAACUACUAGUAUUUCCGGCGUGUAAGACGACUCGGCGUAUAAGACGACCCCCGUCUUUGGCGCCGAUUUCAGUGCUCACGGAAGUCGCCUUAUACGCCGGCAUUUACUGUAUAUACAUUUUUAAAAAAACAUUAUUUUUGGCAUCUCCUUGCCUUUGUGUCUUUGUGUUUUCUAAGAAAGAGACAGAGUAGAAAAGAGGAAAAAUUAGCAAGGCUUUCAAAGGGACUUUUUUUUUCCAAAAGGCAACUGGAUUUUCUUGGUUUUCUUGAUGUUUUGCUUCUCAUCCAAGGAGUUUCUUCAGUUCUGACUGAAUGGUAGAGGAUGGAAGGAUUUAUAGUCCUCGCAGUUGUCUAGUCGUUAGCUCUCUCUCUCUCUCUCUCUCUCUCUCUCUCUCUCUCUCUCUCUCUCUCUCUCUCUCUCUCUCUCUCUCUCUCAGUCGUUGAGGCCACUUGGAGAUUUAUCUGUGCCCUCAGGGUCAGCUGAAUCGGAGUGCAAAAGGGUAUGGAGCCUUCUCGGAACUGCUGACAGGACACUAAGAUGGAUCUGCCAUUUUUUUCCCUCUUAGGGACAUUAACCCAGAAGGAAAUGUCCUCAUCUGGGGGCUUUAGGCAGUGCAGGAACCUUCCGUUCUCACUUGAGGGACUGCCUUCCUGCUCAUGCAGCCGGGUUAUGCCCAAAAGCAAGUAAGUUUAGACAGAGUUGGUGGUCCUCCAUGCACGCUUUCCUGCCCUCGUUCCCUUCCAGGGAAGGGGCCUAUUUGCAGCAAACGUGGAAAGAACCAAAGCCAUUCUGGAUGCGACCAAGUCCUGCAUCUGCUCUGAAAGAUCAAGGUCCCUGGGGUAGGGUCUCCUUCCUUGUGGGAGAUGCGCAAGCGACCCGGUCAAAUUGUACACGUGUCGGGGAAGGGAGGGAGAUAGCAGGAAAAGUCAGAGGCCUAACUUACUUCUCCGAAGGAAUCUUGGCACCCGUGUCCAAGAUUCCUUCCUUGCAAGCUCGGCUGAAUUGCACACAGCCCUUGUUCUUCAAGUUCUGUUGUUUCUUAUCGGGCCAUACCUAUUCUGCUGAAAGGUUGGUAACUCUCUUCUCUCUGUCCUCAGCUUAUCCUCCUCCUAACCCUUGGAGGCAGCUUAAAACACCCUCCCCCAAUAAAUCAGCUGCCCCACAUUUAUCCCAAGAACGUCCCACAGUGCGUCUGCAGGAAAUUCAGGAGCUAAAAUGGAGGAAGGCACAUAUUUACCCAAAAUGCAGGAGCUAAAAUGGAGGAAGGCGUGUAUUUACCAACCAAGCAUCUUGACAGAAUAACAGAGUUGGAAGGGACCCUGGAGGCCUUCUAGUCCAACCCCCUGCUGGAGCAGGAGACCCUGGC